AUGGGAGACUCCAGACCCGUACAGAAGAAAGUAGCCAUCGUGACGGGCGCCACCUCCGGCAUCGGCAUCGACCUCGCGCGCGACCUCGUCUCGCGCAACUACAAAGUCGCCGUCGUCGGGCGGCGCGCCUCGGCCGGCGAGCAGAUUGCCGCCUCGCUCAACGACGACGCCGGCGACGACGACAGGGCGCACUUCUUCGCCGCCGACGUCUCAUCGUACGCCUCGCAGGCGGCCAUGUUCCGGGCCGUGUGGGCGCGCUGGGGCCGCAUCGACGCGCUCUGCGCCAACGCGGGCAUCGUGGAUCAGUCGUCGGCGUACCUGCUAGACGGCGGUGCUGCUGCUACUACCACCACUAACAUCGACGACGUCCCGCCCGCGCCGGACCUCGCGUGCACCGACGCCGACUGGAAGGGGGUGGUGUACGGCACGCGGCUGGCGGUGCACUUCAUGCGGCAGAACGCGGCGGCGGCGCCGGGGCCGGGGCGGGGCGGCAAGGUGGUGGUGACGGGCAGCGUGGCCGCCGUGUUCCCGCACCCGACGUACCCGGAGUACUGCGGCGCCAAGGCGGCGGUCGCGCAGUUCGUGCGCGCGGCGGCGCCCGUGUGGAUGCGGCGGCAUGGCGUCGCGGUCAACGUCGUGCAUCCCGGCAUCGUGGACACGCCGAUUGUGCCGCGGGAGAUGAUUGAGGCGGUGUCGGCGGAAUGCCUCACUCCGGUCGAGACGGUGCUGAGGGCGUACAGGUUGUUCCUGGACGACGAGACGGGAAUGACGGGCAAGAAUGUGGAAGCGUCGGGCGAUAAGCUGCAUUUCUACGAGUUGCCGGACAUGGGGAAUGGCGAAGUGACGAAGCGCUCAGUCACCGUGUGGGAGCCGCUCUUUGCCAUGAUGCAUCAUGAGAAGUCUGGGUUACCUGAUGCAAUCAAUUGA